GAACCUGUUGCAUAUCCUUCCUGUUUACAGUUGUCAGAGUGAGCGACUACCUCAAAGAUGUCUAGCGCCCCUCGCCCAUCCCGGCCUCCCCCGCCGGUGCCAAAGCCAGGUCAGGUGAAGGUGGUCCGUGCAAUGUACAGAUAUGAAGCACAACAGAAUGAUGAACUGACAUUUGACGAGGGAGACUUGUUGUACAUCAUUGACAAGACAGACUCAAGUUGGUGGAAGGCCAAGUGUGGAGGCAAGGUUGGACUCAUACCCAGCAACUAUGUGGAAGACAACACAGAAUCUGUAGACUACCCGCUGCAUGAAGCUGCCAAGCGAGGAAACAUCGACUUCAUGACCGAGUGUAUUAGUAACAGGGUGUCGGUGAAUGGCUUAGACAAGGCUGGAUCAACUCCCCUGCACUGGGCUGCCCACGGGGCACACAGAGGGUACAUCAAGCUAUAUUAUAUAGAAACAUUGAUGUGCGUUUUUGUUCAGAACAAGCUGGGAGACACUCCACUUCAUUCUGCAGCCUGGAAGAACCACUCAGAAGCUGUCAAGAUGUUGUUAAAUAAAGGUGCUAGGGCGAACGUCACCAACAACGAGAAGAAGCUACCAUUAGACCUUGCGAAGGACCCUGCAACAGCAGCAGCGUUAAAAGAAGCAAUGGGAUCAACAUCAUCUCGCUACCUCGAGGACUAUGGUGACGAGGAGGAUUCAGACUGAAGAAGACAGGUGUGUCAUGUGACCAGGUUGAGGAGGUGCAGUUAGUCAUGUGACCAGGUUGAGGGGGUGAUGUGUGUCAUGUGACCAAUCAUAUCAUUGUACAUGGACAGUCAUGAGUGCAUUUCCUUCAAAGCAGGUUACUGUUAUUGACAUGUUUUUGUUAUGUUUGUGCUCCAGUAUCAGUUUGAGUGGGUCAUGGGAAUUGUGGGGACGAGUUGAGGGGUAAGAAGACUGGGUUGGGGAUGAACAUGAGGGGAGAGAGGCAGGGAUGAUGCCAUGAGACUGGGUGGUCCUGAGCUGAAAGUGGGUGGAAGGGGUGUGGGUAGGGAAUGGGAUAGUUUGAGUGUGACUUACGAUAGGGAAGAGCUUGUUUCUUUGACAAUAUGGUUCAUCUCUGGUGGCCCCCGCCAUGAUGUUGCUGGAAUAUUGCUAAAAGCGGCGUAAAA